CUGGACAAGCACUUGAGUGUUUGCUGGUGAAGUGAUGAUUUACUGGUGAGAGUGUCUGGCUGGUGGCACCUGCUGUAGCUGACUGAGGUGAGGGGCUGGAGGAGCACCUUGGCACAGCUGGGUCCCUGCUGCUCCACUGCUUCCAGCAAUGCAAGCAGGUGAAGGAGGGCCUCAGACCGGCACCAUGACAGAGUGCUUCGACUGUGACAACUGCAAGGAGUCCCUGUACGGGCGCAAGUACAUCCAGAUGGACAAUGGCCCCUACUGCAUCCCCUGCUACGACGCGCACUUCGCCAACACCUGCGACGAGUGCAAGGAGCUGAUCGGCCACGACUGCAGGGAGCUGUACUACGAGGACCGUCAUUACCACGAGCACUGCUUCCGCUGCUUCCGCUGCGACCGCUCUCUGGCUGAUGAGCCCUUCACCUGCCAGGGCAAGGAGCUGCUGUGCAACGACUGCUACUGCAGCGAGUUCUCCUCCAAAUGUGUCGCCUGUGAGAAGACUGUCAUGCCAGGCUCCCGUAAGCUGGAGUACAAUGGACAGACCUGGCAUGAGCAUUGCUUCAUCUGCAGCAGCUGCCAGCAGCCCAUUGGGUCACGGUCCUUCAUCCCAGACAAGAAGGAUUAUUACUGUGUCCCCUGCUACGAGAGCAAGUUCGCUCCUCGCUGCACUCGAUGCAAAAAGACUCUCACCAAGGGAGGAGUGACCUACCGGGAUGAGCCGUGGCACAAGGAGUGCUUUGUCUGCACAGGCUGCAAGACCCCCUUGGCUGGGCAGCAGUUCACCUCCCAGGAUGACAACCCGUACUGCAUCAAGUGCUUUGGGAACCUCUAUGCCAAGAAGUGCAGCGCCUGCACAAAGCCCAUCACAGGUUUCGGUGGUGGCAAAUACGUCUCCUUUGAGGACCGUCACUGGCACCACAACUGCUUCAACUGUGCCCGCUGCAGCACUUCGCUGGUGGGGAAGGGUUUCAUCCCCGACAACGACGAGAUCCUGUGCCGCGACUGCAGCAGCGACCUAUGAGCCCGAGGGCACGGCGGGGCAGGGCCUCCCUCUGUUCUCCAGGGCCUUGGUGCCAGCUUCCCCCGCAGCACUGCAGGGGCAGAGCACGAGGCACAGGAGAUGGGGGCUGACCUGUGCCCCCUCCCUGAAGGCUAGAGUGCGCUGUGCUGUGGCUCUGUGCAGUUAAAGCUAAAUAAAGCUGAAAAAGGAGCUUCAAGACCCCCCAUUAUUUACUCUUUCUUUUCGCUUCCAGUCUAACCCAGCACGAGCCCAGGCCCCUAGCUGAGCAAAGGGCAGGAGUGGCUUUGGCACUGUGCUGCUGGAUCUGCAUGCUGGCAAGCAUGUAUUCACCCCUUGGCACUGACUUCUUUCUCCAUGUGCUUCCCUUGCUCUAGGUGACACAAGGCAGUGUCUCGGGGCCAUGCAGCUUGGCCAUGCUGGCCUUGGUGCAGCCAGCUUUGCACAGCCUUCCCUUUGCUCAGCCAUGAAGGGCACUGUCUUCUGUUCUAGAGGUUUGAGGACACCAGGCUGGAGUGUGCCCCGGAGAAGAGCAUACAUCCUGGCAGCUGGGAUCCACCUCUGGAGUUCUGUAGCACCUCAAUCUUUGCAGGCCACACCCUUUGCUCAGCACCUCCAUGGCAGUGCUUGCUUAGCUGUGAAUGAGGAGUUCAAGUCACUUGUAGGUACGGGGCAUUCAGCCCACCCACACCUACCCCAUUGCUGCCCACCUAUGCUGUGACCUCCCGUGGCUGAGCUGGAGCUGGGAGUGCUGGCCUGCUGAUGCUCAGGUGCAUCUGGCUGAGCCCUGUAGAAGGGCAUGCUGAAGGCUGAGAGCACUCAGGGCUUUAUUCCUUCUCCAUCCCUCUCAUGAGGAACCAUGAGACAGGCACUGCUAUCAGAGCCCAGCUGCCAGCAGCACUGGGAACACCAGAGGUAAUUAAUUCAGGGAAGGAUAAUUUCCCACAGACUGUGCCUGUGAUUAGUAGCUGCUGGGAGGGUCUGCAGGAGCACAAGGCUGCAGCACAGAGAGCAGCUGAGGGGGCAGCAGGAUGUCCACAGCCUGCUCCUCCAGGGCUGCCUGUGUCCCCAGCAGCAGGGACACCUUCCAGCCACACUCAUCCUUCCCUGGGUCCCAAACAAGAAGCAAAGCAAAGAUUGCACCUGGGGGGUGGGGUGGGAUGAUUUUGCAUUGCCCAGGUCCCAGUUGGCCCUAACUGCAAAAUCGGGUGUCUGAGCCAUCCCAGACUCAAAUGAGGCCUUGUGCAAUCCUUGCCCAAUGGAUGAGCUGGCCCUGGGCUAAGGCCUCUCCCAGUGGGAUGCCUGCCUCGUCUCUAAAUCCUUCUGCUUCUGUCUCGCUGGGAUACUUUUGCCAACCCUGCUUUCCUGCUUAGUCAGCCACAUGCUUUACUGAAAACCUGUUCUUGUGGGUUUUUUUCCCUUUUGUACUCAUCUUUCAUGAAUAUCCAUCAUUUUGUACACAACUACAGGAUAAAGGGGCUAGCCCCCCACCCGGGCUUCACUUAGAAACAUAAAAUGUUAUGCAUGUUGAAGUGUUACUACUCUGCAUUCAGAUCCUUCUUAAAUCCUUGUUUGGAAGUUUUGAUGACAGCAAAUCAGAGUUUGUGUGUUUGCUAUUAUGAGAGGAGCUUGGAGCCAUUUCCAGAAGGAAUUGUCCUAAACCUCAGCGUCCUCUGUAUUUCCUACAGCUUUAUACAAUAAACCAUUUUCGUGACA